UAUUUUCUCUAAUCAUCAGAAUUUUGUUUAUUGGUUUUGUUACUGUUAUUGUCUGUUUAUUUCCAAAGUGGCUUUGCACUUCAAAAUCAUUUUGGAAAAUUAAUCUUGGAUUUUUAUUACUACCUACCUACCUACUUGUUAGUUUCGAAAGAAAUUCACCUCUCCUAACAACCUACUAUCCGCAUUCGGUAGCAGGACAAGACAGCAUAACAUCGACAGUUCUAAAACCACCAAUUAUUCUCAGUUGUAACCAGGACAGCCGCUUCAUCACUCAGAUAUUUAUCGUAUUAUACUGAUUUUUCUAAAUCACCCACUUUUACCCUGGUGCAGCGAAGGAAGAACUCUACGUCACUCCUGAAGGCAUUCCCUGUUCAAAACCUCGAUACAAAGGAAGUCUGAAGGGAAAACGCCGGUAGGAAGGUCAAUUGCAGGAAAAUUCGAAUUUCGAUAACGAUGUCAACCGAAGCAUAUUAUCCUAACUAUGGCUAUGUUGGAGCUCCUGCAAACUACAAUGGUACUGGGCCCAAUGGUGGCGACAGUGGUAUGUUUUUAUCUCUUUUUCGAAUCUUCAAGUACCAAAGUGUACCCCAUUAUGUGUACAUUCCGCAUACCUCUCUUAUCUCGCUCAAAUCAACCACCUCAAUUCAUAGGCGUUUCAUGAUACAGAGAACCAGAAACUAACAUCUACUCUCCAAAAUCAGCCGUCAUAAAUCUAAACCAAUGGUUCGACGCAGGCGACCAAGCUUUUAUCAUUGUAGCAUCAUGUAUGGUUCUACUCAUGCCCCCCGGUCUGGGCUUUCUAUACUCCGGUCUUGCAAGACGAAAGUCGGCACUCUCAAUGAUAUGGGCCUGUAUGGGCGCCUUUUCCAUAAUAGUCUUCCAAUGGUAUUUUUGGGGUUAUUCUCUGGCUUUUAGUUCGACGGCUACGAAUGGGUUUAUUGGAAAUUUAAAACAUUUUGGUUUGAUGAACACUUUGGGCACGCCAAGUCCAGGAAGUCCGCUGAUCCCAGAGUUGUUGUACAGUUUUUAUCAGGUAUGUACUUUUUUUGGUCUUGGAUUUGAAGGGUGAGGGAAUAGCAUGGAUGGCUAAUGCUUGGGGUUUAGUUACAAUUCUGCGCAACAACCGCCGCAAUUGUCGUAGGAGCUGUCGCUGAAAGAGGUCGUUUGGUUCCUAUGAUGGUAUUCAUAUUCUUCUGGGCUACUAUAGUCUACUGUCCCGUCGCUUGCUGGGUCUGGAAUAUCAAUGGCUGGGGAUUCAAAUAUGGUGUUCUCGAUUAUGCGGGUGGUGGACCUGUCGAAAUUGUUUCGGGCAUGUCCGCGCUUGCAUAUUCAAUGGUGUUGGGCAAGAGACAGGAAAAGAUGAUGUUGAAUUUCAGACCGCAUAAUGUGUCAUUGAUUACCUUGGGUACAAUUUUACUGUGGUUUGGAUGGUUGGGAUUUAAUGGAGGAAGUGCUUUUGGAGCGAACUUGAGAGCUGUGAUGGCUUGUUGGAAUUCCUGCUUGGCCGCUAUGUUUGGAAGUAUUACUUGGUGUUUGUUGGAUUGGAGGCUUGCGAGAAAAUGGUCAGUUUUUCUUCCGUUAAUUCCAAAAUUUGCACUACUAAUAUAAAAUAGGUCCAUGGUAGGUUGGUGUUCGGGCUGUAUCUCUGGUCUUGUAGCUGCCACACCCACAUCCGGAUUUAUUCCUCCCUGGGCUUCUGUCAUUCUCGGCAUCGUCACCGGUAUCGUCUGCAAUUACAGCACCAAAAUUAAGUUUUGGAUCCGUAUCGACGAUUCCAUGGAUGUGUUAGCUGAGCACGGAAUGGCCGGUGUCGUUGGACUAAUUUUUAACGCUUUGUUUGCGGCAGACUAUGUAAUUGGACUUGACGGGGUCAACACCGGUAUCAUCACAGGCGGCUGGCUCAACCACAACUACAAGCAACUCUACAUUCAAAUCGCCUACAUCGUUGCCUGCACCGCCUAUUCUUUCGUCGUCUCCGCCAUCCUCGCUAUCAUCAUUAACUAUAUUCCUGGUCUACAUCUCCGCGCCUCAGAAGAAGCCGAACUCCUCGGUAUGGAUGACGAUCAACUUGGUGAAUUCGCAUACGAUUACGUAGAAGUAAGACGAGACUACCUCGCCUGGACACCUGCGAAAGACGAACCAGAAAACGUGGAGAGUAACGUUAACCCCGAAGAUCGUCAUGGCAUUCCAGAACACUCAGAUAUGCUAACCAACCCCUCCGACAUGAUUACGGGCCACGCGCCAGGAAGUGGACGAAAUAGUGGAAGUGAAGGCGGACAUGCGCACAACAUGAUUAUGGGAGAUAGACAUGGAAUUGCAGCGAUGGAUAAAGAGAAGGCUGCAAUGGCAAGAGAAGGAUAAAUUAGAUGGCCGGCUUUAAGGGAUAAUUUUGGGAGGUUUUGAUGAAAUUCUUUGGAUACUAUUUUAUUGCGAGGAGUUGAGUGAGGGACACUUUGUUUACGAGAUAUCUAAUUUCUUUAUACGUUUAUGUUUAUGCUUUUUAGAAUGACGAUUGGGAUUAGGUUUUGAAGGUCAUCAAAAAUGAAGGGUUUUGGUGGGUGGCAUAUCUGAUUCAAAAUGUCCGAAUGAAAAAGGAAAGGAAAGUGUGGUGGGCAUUUAUUGUAUAUAGAAUGAUGUAAGAGGGAUGUGUGUAACUACUGAUGAAUGAGGAGAUGAGAUAAAUAUAUUAUCGGACUACAAAAGUGAGCUUUGUAUCAUGCAUUUGUAUGUUCAUUAGUGUGUCUA